AAGACUCUUAAUGAUAGAGAAUUAACUGAAGGUUGAUGGAGGGAGGUGGAAGUGGGAUGGGUUAAGUGGGUUAUGGGUACUAAGGAAGACGCUUGUUGUGGUGAGCACUGGGUGUUUUACUUAAGUGAUGAAUCACUAAAUUGUACUCCAGAAACCAGUAUUACACUAAAUGUUAACUAACUAGAAUUUAAAUAAGAAUUUGGAAUAAGAAAAAAAGAGUAACCAUUUGAUAAACCAUAUAUAGCACUGAGGAUAUUUUUCAAUUAAAGAGAAUUUCUAUAGUAGCUCUCUUGUAAUCUGUUAUAGCCAAACUUAUGAAGAAAAUCAAGAUGUGGGAAAGCUGUGGUCAUGUUUCAAGAUUGGAUUUUCCUUUCCCGUGUGAUCGCUCUAUCUAAAUUCCCAUUAACUUGAAUGUAAAUUUGCGUGUGUAAAAAUAUAUGUAUAUCCAAGUUAUCUCUUAGGAGAGGUUUAAUGUAGGUAUAAAUAGAAAUUCUUCCUUUAACCACAAAAAGAAAAAAUUAGUAUUGAAUUCUGGCUUUUCUCAUCUCUUCAUAUCCAAAACUAUCAGCAUGUACUAUUAAUUGUACUUCCUAAAACUCUGUAUUCUUCUCUCCAGCCCCAUUGCCAUCACUUUGAGGCAUGCUUUGGAUUCUAUCAGCAGUCUCUAUUCUCCUCUUCAGAUCUACCUCGACCACUGAAGUCCUCCAUCUGUGUAUGUGUAUGUGUAUGUGUGUGUGUGUUUGUGUUUUCCCUGCCCUUCACUGGCUUUUUAUUAAAUCCAAGUUCCUUAAUCGUGGCAAACAGGGCCCUGCCUCUAGGAGCUGGUCCUUGCUUACCUCCUGCCUCGUUUCCUGCCACUUUCCCUCCUACCUGAAGAUCCAGCUUACCAGUAGUUCCCCAAUACCCACCCCAUACACACCACAAUAUGUAUACACCUUUAUCCCCAUACACACAUCGUUGAAAAUAUAAUUCCCUCUACCACACCUUUGUCACAUUCCAAGACCUGAAAUGAUCGAAACACAGAAAUUUCAUCCCCUAAUUGGGGCUGAACACAGUUGACUUGAAUACAAGUGAAUGCUAGUUUGUUAGUCUAGUUAUCUUACUGUGGUACACGUGUUCUUGGAGCUUUGAGCUCCCCAGGUCGUGCCUCAGAGCUAAGGAAUUUCUUUCCAAACAGCCCGCUUCAGGAAUUGCCUUGUCCUCAACUUUGGACAACUGUGAAGGGGCUUUCCCCUUCCCCAUGGGGUCAGCUGAGGCUUAGAGCUUUCAUCAGCUUCUCCCUCUGCUGUAGCUCUUCCUUUCCAGGGGUCCUUUGGUUAAGAACAGUCCCUAAUAAAUUUCCUGGAAGCAAUCUCUGUCCACUUGCUGCGGAGACCAACCUGUAACAUGUCUUGUUGAUACUUUUUUGUUCUAGAUCUUGUGAAGUCAUGGUUUGCUAAAAUCUUACUAAUUCAAGGUUAUUUCAUCAGACGGGUAUUGAGCACCUGCUCCACACCAGGCAUUGUGCCACAUGCAGCGGAGACAAAUUAAGACUUGGCCUAUGCCCUGAGGAAGUUUGCAGUUCAACUGAGGUGACAGUUACGUUCAGAACUUAUAACAUCUUUAGAAUAAUCCUUUUUUGAUCUAAACUUUAAUAAUUUCAGUAUAAAAUCCAAGGUAUGCACUAUGGUGUUGCAAAGAACAAAAGGAAAGUAUUUCAGGAAAAUGAAAAGUAAAAGUAGAGCGAUCGUGGAUCUCCUUGAGCUCCUAUGUAUAAAGUACAUCGACUCGUCUGCUUGGUCCUCACAGUGCUCAAGUUUACCGAUGUUCUUUGGCACCGUCUUUCCUGCGCAGGCUUCCGGCCGGGAGGCCGGGGGUGGGGGUGGGAGACCGCUCGGGGAACUAGAUCCGCAGCCCCCCCCCCCCCCCCCCCGGGACCCCCACUGCACACACACAGGUGCCAGGGCCGCCUGGCUGGGGCGUUGUCCGGUGGGCGCGGUCGGCACGUGGCUCCUUCCGCUCCCCACCCACCGCGGGCCUGGCCGCGCCGCCGGGAGUCCGGGACGUCACUUCCGGCGUGGCUGGGCAUGGUCUGUUGGGAGUUGGCCGUGGCGGCGGAAGCCCAAGGCCGGCCCGCCGGCCGCGGGGGGAGCCCGGGUAGUGUCCGCCGCCCCGACCCUCGACGCCCUGGACGUCAUGGCUUCCCCGCUGAAGCUGGAGCAGGACGUACGGGGGAAAGUGGAUUCGUUUCGGGCCCGCAUCGCGCAGGAGGCCGAGGAUCUGGUGUCCACCUUCUUCCCUCAGAAGCUGUCGGAGCUGGAUAGUCGGGUCCAGGAGCUGCGCCUGCAAGACCUGUCCAGAAUCCGUUCGGUGCCGGCCCCGGAGCCCCCCGCCGCCCCCGACACCGCGGGGGACGGGCCCAACCGGGACCCGCCGCCUCCGCAGACCCAGCCCUCGGUCAAAGUGCCGGCACUGCCGGGCGGUGAGGGACAGCUGCUGCGGAGCAACCAGCAUCUGGUGGAGCUGAUCGAGCGGGUGAAACCCGAGAUCGAGCUGCUGAGGGAGAAAUGCAACACGGUGCGCAUGUGGGUGCAGCUGCUCAUCCCGAAGGUGGAGGACGGCAACAACUUCGGAGUGUCCGUCCAGGAGGACACCGUGGACCAGCUGUGGACCGUGGAGAGCACGGCAGCCUCCUAUCUGCGCCGCUUCUCCACCUACUACAACACCAGGGCCAAGCUGGUGUCCAAGAUCGUGAAGUACCCCCAGGUGGAAGAUUAUCGCCGCACGGUAGCCGAGGUGGACGAAAACGAGUACCUGAGCGUGCGCCAGAUCCUGCUGCACGUGCGGAACCAGUACGCCACCCUGCAUGAUGUGAUCCUCAAAAACAUCGAGAAGAUCAAGACCCCUCGGAGCACCAACACUGACAACCUCUACUGAGGACCUGCCCCCACCCCUCUUUCCUUCAGGAGGUGGCCGCGCUGUUCGGGCUGCCGAAGGGGGUUAGAAAUGACGCUGUAGGUGAUGGACCGACUGGAAACGUGCCCGACCGUUCAGUGACGGUUUCGUACAGCUUAUCCUCCCACUAAAUACUUCCGGUGUAGUUUUUAUUUGCUUUUUCUUUCGCCGAGAGGAUGGGGACAAGCCAUCUGGUGGAAGGUGGUAGGGUUGGCCAAGGAAAAGGACUGCCAUUUUUAAAAACAGCCUUUAAAAGCAGCUUCGUAAACGAAUGUGGGCCAGGGUUUCUCUUUUAUGGCAUUGCUGACAUUGAAUGGUUUGAGGGGUUACUCCAGGAAAAACCUUAAUGUUUAAAAGAAAGCUAAAUGAAGCUUUUCCUGAGGUUCUGCUAUGUGUUACUUUGUCCAAACCUCAGAAACGCUCCUUUCUUCACCAUCGUCUGUUUUUUUUUUUUUUUUUUUUUUUUUUUUUUUUUGCAAGGAAAGGAGUUUACAGAGAUGUGUCGAGGUCACCGUAUGUCUCCAGUUUGGCAGAUUGAAAUAAAACUUGGUUUUAACAUUUUGCGAUGGACUCAGCCUGCUUAUCAGAAUGUAGUCUUCAGUGGCAUAGGGUUUCCCUCCUCCUCGGUUGGACCCCCCACGCUCGAGAUUUUCCAGCUCUGGCGUGUAAGAAAAAUGAGCAGAUAAAGAGUCUUAGAUCUUUAGUGUUCUGAAGAAAUGCACAUCCACACCUCCCUUAGAGGGAAGAGGGAUCUGUGCACACUGCUUCCUUGCACGACCUUCUACCGUCUCCAUGUCUUCCAGUUUUGUUUCACACAGUUUAGGAUUUCUUCUGUGUGUUCAUUGCCUCAGAAGUUCCUGUUGGAUCCUUUAAGCUUUGAAUCGCAUUUGCUUUUUUUUUUUUUUUUCCCCUCCAUUGAAUUUCAUCUGUUUCCCCUCUCACCUCUUGAGAUAUUUCUUAGGGCGGCUCAUUCGAAUUUCCAUCUCAAAGGAUGUGGAUCGUUAUUUAAAUCCAAAGACUCUAAAACGUAACUUUGGGUGUUUACCUCCUGCUUUUGGGGUCUGGUUGAGAGGAAGCCGUUGUCUUUUUCCUGGGUGAUCUAUACUGUUGGUAUUUUUCAAGCCCCGCAUUUCCAGAUUUCAGUUGCAGUAGAUUAUUACACUCUUGAGUCACCUCAUGCAUUACAGAGAACUUUUUGAUGCGAGGGAUCCUCUCUCCCUAGUGGUUUUUGUUCCGAAUUUCAUGUUUUCUGAUAGUAAAGGUACUUUAGUCAGCUUUUUAGUAUUAAUAGUAAUCUGGGGAUCUUCAUCGCUCAGAAAUACCAUUGGGAAAAAGCAUGAGCAGAGUGCCUUUUGAUGCCUUUUUAUAUACAGGAAUGAGAUCAUCUCUGUGCCCGGUGGAUAGCUUCCUCUCUUUUUCCCGUUCAGCUACUUGCACCUGAAUCCUCAUAAUGUUUUUGAAACUACGUACGUAAGUUAUGACCUUGGUCUUUUAAAGUAUUUUAUAGUAGUACACUCAUGCGAUAAAUUAUUUCUCAAAUGAGCUUUUGGUGGGAAAAUUAUGAGGGAUUAAACUUAUUUUUUGUGAGAGGUGAAAAUGUAUUUCCCAUUGAAAUUUCUUUUCUACAUAAGAUCCUCUGAAACAAGGUGGCCAUAUAAAAGAGUCUGAUGCCUAUUUUGAAACAUCUGUUAGGGGCGCCUGGGUGGCUCAGUCAGUUAAGCGUCUGGCUUCGGCUCAGGUCAUGAUCUCACAGUUACAAGUUUGAGCCCCGGGUCAGGUUCUGUGCUGACAGC